AUGUCCACCCGCAAACGCGCUCGCGGAGAUGAGGAAGAAGAGCUCGUAGCUCUCCCUAGCGAUGAAAGCGAAGAAGAAGAGGAAUAUGAAGAGUCCGAUGCCGGCGAUGAAGACGAGGAGCACGAGUCCGUAUCCGAAGACGAAUCCGAAGGUGGUUUUGAGAACGGAGAAGCCGAGGGAAUGGAGCCUAUCAAACCCACAAAUGAAUUGUCGCGGAUAUUUCCAAAAUUUCCCUCCACCCCCGCCUCGAUCCACUCCACACAAUCUCCGACUUUCGGAGGAUUUUGGAUCAUUGCUGACAUAUCCAUUUCCCCGCCAACAGCGGUGCACAAAAAACGUAAGGUAGUUCCAGGCCCUGACGCUGAAGUCACCGGCGAAGCGGAUGGGGUAGCAGAAGAAGAGGAAGAGGAAGAGGAAGAGGAAGAGGAAGAGGAAGAGGAAGAGGAAGAGGAGCUAGAUGAAACUGAGAACGGCCUGGAAGCUGAAUACGAGGACGGAGAGGGAGAUGCGGAAGCGGACGCAGAGACCGAAGCAGAGAAACAGAAAGAGAAUGGCGCGGCUUCAACGGUACCUACUGCGAAAGGCGCAGUGGCAUCUGAUGUUCCUGAGGUCCCCGCUUCGGCUCCAGCUCCAGCUGCGAAGGCUACUGCCAAUGGCGCCCCUGCUGUGGCUUCUGUUACAGAGGUGGAGGGUGUUGGUGGCGCUGGAGAUGGUGAAUGA